CGCCGCGCACGAUCGGCGACACUCGCGCGUCAUGAGCCGGGGAAGCGGGUCCGGUUACGACCGCCACAUCACGAUCUUCUCGCCGGAAGGUCGUCUGUACCAAGUCGAGUACGCGUUCAAGGCGAUCAAGUCCGUGGGCGUGACCUCGAUCGGCGUCCGAGGGAAGGACAGCGUGUGCGUCGUCACGCAGAAGAAGAUUCCGGAUAAGCUCGUCGACCCGGCGGACGUGACGCACAUGUUCAAAAUCACGAAGGUCAUCGGGAUGUGCGCGACGGGGAAAUCACCGGACAUACGGAACGUCGUUCAAAAAGCGCGGCACAAGGCUGCGGAGUUCCGCCACGAGUUUGGCUACGAGAUCCCCGUGGACUUUCUCUCGACGCGAAUGGCGGAUGAGUUUCAAGUCUACACGCAACACGCGUACAUGCGUCCGAUGGCGGCGAUGUGCAUGUUCGUCGGCAUCGACGAAGAGAAAGGGCCGUGCCUGUUCAAGAACGACCCGGCGGGGUACUGCGUCGGGUACAAGGCCACGAGCGCGGGCGUGAAGGAGCAGGAGGCGAUUAACUUUUUGGAGAAGAAGGUGAAGGGUGAAAACGCCGGAAACGCGUUCGACGAGACGGAGACGAUUCAGACUGCCAUCUCGUGCCUGCAGAGCGUGCUGGGAGAGGAUCUGAAGUCGAAAGAGCUCGAGGUUGGGAUCGUGACGACGGAGAACAAGAACUUUCGGUUGUUGAGCUCGGACGUCAUCGAGGAGCACCUCACCGCGAUCUCGGAGAGGGACUAGACGCGGCGCGACGGAGCGAAGAGAGAGAAGAGAGAAGAGCCGCACACCACUGUACUGUAUGAUGUUCGAAUCGAUCAGUCCUACGU